AUGAAGUACGAGUCAAGCAGAGCUAUGCAAAAAUACAGGUUCUGCAUAGCAGCUGGCCAAAGACGUCAGCAGAAGGCGGGGGUGACCCCAGAUACACAGACUCACAAUCGUAUCCCUAACGGGCUCAUCCAGCGUGGAGUAGUCUUCAUCAGGAGAGUGAGAUCCGACGGGAACACAGUAACUCAUGAAGUAAAAAGCUCAUUUGCGUUUUUCAAGUACGGUAAUGCCCGGCAGCUGUACGGCCACGCCAAGGCGCCCCGGUACGGCGCCUUCCACGGGCUCCGCGGGACAACAACGGCUGAGAAGCUGCGGCCGUCAGGAGCCCGAGCACACGGCCGGGGCUGCUCGGCGCCGAACGUGGAGUGGGAGUUCGAAUUCCCGCUCCGUUGCCGCAGCCCCGAAGCGAUGCUCAACUUGCAAAAAAAGGUUCUGCGCCCGUACGCCGACGUAGUGGGCUUCACGCCGCGCUCCCUGGCGAGCUCUGGCGCGCUGCGGGGCGUCCUCAGGACAGCUUUGCUGCAAGCACAGAGAAUCCCCUGGAAGCGGCGGCUCGGGUACCGCGUCCAGAACCGCAUCCCUGGGGUGGCAGCGUGGAUGAACUUGGUCUCCUUCAUGAUGCAGCUCCCUGGGAAAUUCUUCAUGGGAGUCGGUUACUCAUCGGCAGUACAGAAAUUCUCCCAGACUUUGCAGUCCUUCCAGUUCGACUUCAUUGGUGACACGCUAACGGACGACGAGAUUAACAUUGCUGAGUCCUUUAAGGAGUUUGCCGAGCUGCUCCAGGAGGUCGAGCUGGAGAGGUCCAUGAUGGUGCAAAACGCUAGCGAUUUGCUGAUCAAACCUUUGGAAAACUUCCGGAAGGAGCAGAUAGGGUUCACCAAGGAAAGAAAGAAGAAGUUUGAGAAGGAUGGUGAGAAGUUUUAUUCUAUGCUGGAUCGCCAUUUGCAUUUGUCUUCCAAGAAGAAGGAAUCCCAGUUACAGGAGGCUGACCUUCAGGUUGACAAAGAGAGACACAAUUUCUUUGAGUCCUCCCUCGAGUAUGUGUACCAGAUCCAGGAAGUGCAAGAAAGCAAGAAAUUCAGCAUUGUUGAGCCGGUGCUGGCUUUUCUCCACAGCCUCUUUACUUACAACAACCUGACAGUUGAGCUCACGCAGGAUUUCCUCCCUUAUAAACAGCAGCUCCAGCUCAGCCUGCAGAAUACAAGGAAUCAUUUUUCCAGCACGCGGGAGGAGCUGGAAGACCUGAAGAAGAGGAUGAAGGAGGCCCCCCUGACCUGCAAGCUACCUGGGCAGCCGACCAUCGAGGGCUACCUGUACACUCAGGAGAAAUGGGCGCUGGGCAUCUCCUGGGUGAAAUAUUAUUGCCAGUACGAAAAAGAGGCAAAAACCUUACGGAUGACGCCCAUGGACCAGAAGCCUGGAGCUAAGCAAGGCACCUUAGACCUGACACUGAAAUCCUGCGUCAGGAGGAAGACUGACUCUAUAGACAAAAGGUUCUGUUUUGACAUCGAAACUAAUGAGAGGUCCGGGACCAUCACGCUGCAAGCGCUCUCGGAAGCCAAUCGAAGGCUGUGGAUGGAAGCCAUGGAUGGGAAGGAGCCGAUCUACCACAGUCCCAUCACGAAGCAGGAAGAGAUGGAGCUGAACGAGGUCGGCUUCAAGUUCGUACGGAAGUGCAUCAACGCCGUGGAAACGAAAGGGAUUACCACGGAGGGCGUCUACCGCACUGUUGGCAGCAAUAUUCAGGUGCAGAAGUUGCUGAAUGCCUUCUUUGAUCCAAAAUGUCCGGGGGAUGUGGAUCUCCAGAGCGGUGAUUGGGACAUCAAGACGAUUACCAGCUCGCUGAAGUUUUAUCUCAGGAACCUGUCCGAACCCGUCAUGACGUACAAGCUCCACAAAGAGCUGGUCCUGGCUGCCAAAUCUGAGAACUUGGAUUACAGGUUGGGAGCGAUUCAUGCGCUGGUCUAUAAACUACCUGACAAGAACAGAGACAUGUUAGAGCUCCUCAUACAACACCUCGUCAACGUAUGUGAGCACAGCCGAGAGAAUCUGAUGUCUCCCUCUAACAUGGGGGUGAUAUUCGGACCAACCCUCAUGCGAGCACAGGAGGACACCGUGGCAGCGAUGAUGAACAUCAAGUUCCAGAACAUCGUCGUUGAGAUCCUCAUCGAGCACUUUGGGAAGCCAGAAGACACCAGCGCGCCCCCCGUGCCUCCUCCCAGGGUGGCUGCCCGCCGGCACAAACCCAUCACCAUUUCCAAACGUCCUCUGAGGGAAAGGCCCGUCUUCUUCGGUGCGUCUGUGGAAGAAAGCGGAGGUCAGUCCCGCUGGUCACGGGUGCCCUACCUGCCUGUAAGAGGGUCUGCGGGGCCGGCUCAGCCGCUGAGCGUUGCUGUCCUGCAGAAACGCGCCCUGGAGGCCUGGGGCUCACCAGGGGUGUCCGGCGAGUACGACGGAGUCCCUAAGCCACGAUCCCACGGCGAUAAGCCUGUGAUAACACGCCCCCCCGUGAGACCUCCAGACCCACCAUGCCGGACUCCUGUCCCUCCGAGGCUGGAGCAAAGGCCGGACCUGAUAGCGGGAACAGCAGAAGAGAUGCCUUCGUCCGUGGUGGCCUCUAGGACAAAGUUCUUUGAGACAGCUUCCCGAAGAACAAGCAAUUCUUCGUCACCACAAGGCAGGAUCCCCGGUGAUGAGAGCUGAGACUAAAGACUUCGUAACCGCCUCAGCCCAGCUAGGCCCAGGAGAUCCUCUGUGCUUGUGAAACGGCCGCGUCAAGCUAAGACUUUUCUAGUUCCAGCACCCCUGGCGAGCAGCUAUCUUACCGGACGAUGAUUUCAGAGCAUGCUGUUGUAAGUGGCUCGAGAAAUUAGAAGAGAGGGAGAUAACAGUGGAGAGGAGACCCUUCCCAGCCGUCUGUGUGAACUGUCCCCAGUCCUUCGCCGCUCCGCUCUGCGCAGGCUGUGAAGGAUGCUGGUGUGUGCCAGUGGGCUGCGGAAGGGACAGCGGGGGACGGGAGUGGCCGUUUGCCUGCUCACUUUUUGGGAAAUGCACCUUGGCAAGGGCGACCUGGGGCAGACGUUGGGAGUUGAAACGCAAGGGGCUGACUCCCCAUGCUUGGAUGUAAGGGCAGAAUGACUGGAGUCUGGGUUGGCCCCCCUUGCCAUGAGAAGCUCCUUCCUUCAUGUUACGUUCUCCUCGCUCGGUGAGCUGUGCCGGAGUUUCCCGUGUGUAGGAGAGCAGCGCACGUUACUGGAGACGCUGCUUAUGCUAAGGCAGGAUGGGAACCAGGGGGGCUGUGGUGCUGAGCUCUGCGGGACGGCUCUGCAGCUCCUCCCCGGCGUCAGCGUGCCCUGGGGAACCGUGCUGGUGGACAUGGCUGUGCUGGGGGCUUCGCCUGAGCGGGACCAUGUCCCCUGCCUGCGGGCCGGCUUUCCGGGCAGUGCCGGUUGGGAGAGGGAGGAGGCAGGCUCUCCUCCUCCUCCUCCUGCUCCUGCUCCUGCUCCUCCUCCUGCAUGAGCCAUUCUCCCACCAGAUCCGAUUCCCACAGGCCCACCAAGAAGUCUCUGUCCUGGGGUCAUUCUGGUGGGCCAGCACAGAGGUGGUGAGGAACUGAAACUUGCUGAGUAUGGGUCAAAGCCUGACAUUUUAUUAUGAGGCGCCCAGUUUCUUCUCUGUUUGUGACAUUGCUUUCCCGUCCCAGAGCUGCCCAGUCUCUUUUCCUCAGCGGCAGCCGUGCAGAUGAUGCCCUUUGGUCCAGGUUCCUCCCAGCCAGGACCACCCCUCGUACCCCUGGUAGCAGUAGAGGCUUCUUCGUGGUUCCAGCUGACCCUGGGGCUCAGUUCCUGAGCUGCACCGUUCACCUGUAAAUAGGCAACAAGCGGCUUCCGUGCUUCCUCUUGACAGCCCAAAAGCAGCUUCCCUGUUCCGAGUGACUUUCCUUGGGUGCUGGGAGCAUUCCCAAACCAGUGGCCAAGCAUCCCUGUUAGCUGCUUCCCAGGUGCUCCGUCCUCUCGUGUGGCUGCGUCCUGCCCGGCGCGGGUCUGCUGGGGGGACGCUGCCGCGCUCGCUGCCAUGCCGGCCCCUGACGCCUGCCCUGUGCCUGCAUCUGGCGCCUGCCUGCUCUGUUGCCGAGUGUAAUUCCGGCCUUCGCUGGGCACGCGUGCCCUGGCAGCGGCGCUUCCGCUCCCUCGGGCUUUGGCGGUGCCCCGGCUGCUCGCUCCUCUACUCCUGCUUUGAACGGUGGCACGUAAAAGUGGCUUUAAAACCCAAACACACGCAGCGGUAUCCACGCCAGGACUGUGUUACGCACACCGGCAUCUCAGGGCUGUUCAAAGCUACGGUGAGCCCUUUCUGCUGCACCCCCUCGCGAGCGGCCGGGGGGGGAGCAGCACCAAACCAGAGCGCAUUGGGGUUUUCCGAUCGGGAAUCCAAGCGAGCAGGUGAGGCAGAGCUGGGAG